AUGAAUCAAUCUGCUCUAGCUCUUCUACUUCUGGCUAGUUCAGUCCUAGCAAUGGAAACCUCAAGCUGUUCCAAAAUCAGCUGCAGUGGCUCGGAAACUACUUCUUCAGGCAAGUGCGUGACAGUUUCAGGAUCCACGGUCUCUCUCAGCCCAUGUCCAGAUGGUUACCACUGCCAAGAAUUAGAUCAGUUCUCUUCAAGUGAUGAACAUUCCGAGGCUACAUGCAAAUCCGAUUCUACCGAACCCUCUGAGUCUUGUCCUACCUCUCAUGAUGGGGACAUCGCUACUAAUUUUUAUUGCUGCGUAAAUGCUGACUGUGCCAGCAAUAAAUGUGACACUGCCAAUAACAAGUGUAUUGGCAUUGCUGAAGAUGGUGCUUGCACGGAAAACGAACACUGUGAGGCUGGCUUUUAUUGCUCUUCAAGCAAAUGUACCGAAACAGUAGGAGAAGGAAAAACAUGUAGCUAUGAUUAUCAGUGCGACGCUGGAUACGGCUGCUUUGGCUCGUUCUGUCUUCAGUAUUUUUCAUUGAAGGACAACACCAUCACAACUAAUGCGAAAUUCUGUAAAUCAGGCUUGAUGUAUAAUUCAGUAUGCGAUAGCGUUACGAUUUCUAGUGGAGGCACCGUACUUUCAGAGCCAUGGGAAUGCACAAUAGGGCAGACGUGUAGCUACAAAUAUACCCAUGGCAAUUACCAAUAUCGUAGUGAUAAAGAUUGCGAGUGUGCUGGAGAAGGAACCACCUCUACUAAAGGAUACUGCCCUAUCAGAAAUAUUAUGGGUAUAGUUGAUUUUACUGACGAUUUCUAUGAGAAAUUCCAAUAUGACAGCAGUGACUGCUCAGGUAAUUAUGCCCAUUUAACAGAUAUAGAAGAUGACUUAGACCUUUUGGUUUAUUGCGACUCCAUUGACCAGGAUGGCAAGGAUUAUUAUGAUAAUAUGGAUAUGAUCGUAGGAGCCUGGUCGCUUUAUUCAUCAGGGGUAAUUGAUAGCUGUGCUAACGAUAUGGGGAUUUUUGAUCCAAGCGAAGAUAUAGACUCAUGGGACUCCGCCGAAUUUCUUGCUCUUUCAGGUCUUCUUAUCCUCUUUAACUAA